AUGGCGGAGGGCGGAGUUCUCCUCGUUCAGCCCGAGCACCUCUUAUCUCUGAAGCUGAUGUGUCUCGAGUGCUUUAUCACAGGGAGAGAGGCGGUUGGUGUAUGUCUUCUGCGAAUUCUGGAUUUCUUCAGGACCUCCUCGCGACACGUGGUGGAUGAAAGCGAUGAGAACUUCAGUGUGAAGUUCGAGCUGAUCUACACGAUGGGGACCCAGCGUCCGUUGGAGCUCAGUCCACAGAGGUGGACUUUAAUCCAAGAGAUGCUCGGCCUGGUGAGGAAGUAUGCUCCAGUUAUCAAGAUGCAGUUCCCGCGGUCAAUUGAGGUGGAGGAGCCGCAUCCAGGAAGUUUCCCCAGGAUACGGUUGCUCCGAGCGGAUGCCGUCCAUCAGCUGUUUGAACGGAUUGCGGAUCAUAUUUUCCAUAACGGUAUUGACAAACUGCCAAUUUCAAGGCAGCCAGAAGCACAACGACGCGCGGCGAUCGCUUAUUGCCUUAACCCUGACCCGUUACCACUGCAGAUUGCUGCAGUUGAAACCCCAGAUGCGUCUGGCUUAGGGAACGACAGCACGAGGGAUCCUCUGCUACUACUCCGGGGUCUGCUGGCUGGCAACGUUCUGGCAUUCUGCCUGGGACAAAGACGCUGGCGAGUCAACUAUGGACUUGAUCGCUGCCGACAACCCCCCACAAGGCUGGCAGUUCCGUAUCGUGCCAAGGAUAAUCCGGCACCACGGGCGGAAUUCAGUCAUCCCGAUGUUGUCAUUGUACUGACGUGCCUGAGCUAUUACUAUGAGGGACUCCGCGACGAGGACCUAUUUCGAGCAUUCGACCAUCUGGUCGGAUCGGAUCAAGCUGACGCGGAGUAUCAAAUAUGGGUCGAUGAUGCCCCGACUCUCCCCCCGGCCUAUCGUCAAUUGCUGGGCAUUAAUCUCCAGGACCGGCUCCAUUGCGUGGAAUGCAUUUUCCCCUGUCUUCGGUUCGCGAAGGGAGCCAUUGAUUACUUCCUGGCUCAUAUUAUUUUCACCAAAGGCCUAAGGGAGUUUCCGAGUAAAUUAUCUUCGUCCGGAUGGGAUAUCGGUGAGGUCAAGUGCCAUCCCACCGUCGGCUUUAGCGGGACCAACGAUUCCCGUGUCACCCUUCCGCUCAGUGUGGAGCAGCUGGAUCUACCUGACCAGAACCACACCAAUGUGUUAGUUCUCGAAUAUCUUCUCCGACCCGAGACUGGCAUUGCCCUGAUUCCGACCCGAGAUGACCUGUCCAAGUCAGAUGCGCAGGUCCUUCUGGAUAUGGUGGCGGAACUGGGUUCACCCGUACGCGUGAUUCUGGACGUUGGAGCUCGCAUAUUAGAGCUGAGUAACCUGGAUGUUGCGAAGACCUGGUUGAAGAUGGUCAGUGAUGAUUGUCGAACGCAGGCCGUGGUCUUUAUCAACGACGACGACGAUAUCGCCGUGGUAGAUCGGACCGGACUCGUCGAACCGCUGCAGACGUCACCUUUCAAAAGGCACCUCGAUCUAUGCCUUGUGUUCCUUGACGAAGCACAUACGAGAGGGAUUGAUCUGAAGCUACCCCUGAAUUACCGGGCGGCGGUGACGCUGGGACCGAACAUCACAAAAGACAAGCUGGUUCAAGCAUGCAUGAGAAUGAGAAAUUUAGGGAGAGGACAAUCGGUCGUGUUUUGCGUACCGGAAGAGAUCAAGUUCAAGAUUCUGACCCUCUGUGGGAGGACCCACCAUUCUGAACUCACCGUAGCAGACGUGCUUUGCUGGGCAAUUUCAGAGACCUGGGACGAUAUGCAACGCAGCAUACCUUUGUGGGCAGUGCAGGGAAACCGAUAUCAGGCCCAGGCCCGUCAGUGGCUGGUUCUGCGACAGGACGGGCAAACCUCGAUAUCAACAUCUAAGGCAGAGGGGUUUCUGGAACCGGAAUCCCAGUCCCUUGAACGGCGGUAUAGACCCGGUUGUAAUAAUGUCCUUUCUCUUUCUUCCAAAUGCCCUGAUGAUGCGGACUCGCGGCGCAUACUGGACCGAUGCCGUGAGUUUGCAACUGUGAAGUUCUCUGCAGCGCAACUCCAGGAAGAGCAGGAGCGAGAACUAGCACCAGAGAUUGAGCAAGAACGACAAGUUCAACGUCCGGCUCCUGCCGAACCGGAAACGCAUUCUGUACAUCCUGAUAUACUCUUGUUCGUGGCCACUGGACACCUGGAUGCAUCAUCCGCCGCCGUGAAACCAGCUUUUAUGGUGUUAAAAGAUACAUCAGCGGCAAGAUACCUGGAUGUGGCCCAGUUCCCAUCGGAGCUCCUUGUCACCAUUGAUUUUGCGAGAACAGUCCGACUGCCUAAAUUAUCUGCCCGGGAUAGUUAUCAGCGUGCGGUGGAAUGGGUCCUGAUGAGCACCGGCCAUCCCUCCGAGGACGGAAAGCCCGUAGGGCACAUGGUGAUCAUCAGCCCGUAUGAAGCGGACAAACUUCAUGCUGACAUUCGCGGGUCUAGCGCAGUAACGCUGCAUGUAUACGCACCUCGGCAGAACCAGAGUUCGUAUCCUAUCGACAAGCUCGAUCUGUACACGAUUCCGAAAAAAUCAAGCACAAGGCCCCGGCGAGUCCCUGAGAGCCUACGCAUUCAACUGAACCUCUUUGCGGGCCAGCUCUAUAUUUCGUCGUACAACGAGUAUUGUGAGAUAUGCCGCUUUCUGGGAGUUGCGUUUACUGCCGCACCAGGGGGCUUGGUUGUCGCCGCGGAUGGGUUCAUCGUGGAGAACCAACAGGCAAGAGCCAAGUUCACCCAAAGCCCCCUCAGGUUUCUCAAGGUGUUCAUGUCACGGAUACGGAAGGACGGGCAGGAAAUUGACAAGACCCACCUUGGGAAGAUCCUAGACGGAAAACUCUUACUCAUGGCGGACUUCCAAGAUUUCAAUGGCAGAGCUAGGACCAUGCAGCUGAGCCUUCAAAAUGCCCGAUGA